AUGGUCCAACAAAAUGAAUCAGCAACGGAGAAAUCCACUAAUAACAACAAUGUAGUUCUUCCACUAGAAGAAAACCGCGAGCGUUAAAAUUAAACCACUUAAUCAACGAAAAACAAUGAAAGCAUUAAUGCUAAUGGUAUUAAAAUUGAAAACCCUUUGAUAAAAAAUGGAAUUCCUGUAGUUCCAGAAGAUAAAAAAUCGAAAUCUAUUGGGCACUACAUAUUAGGUAAAAAGUUAGGUGAGGGUACCUUUGGUAAAGUAAAGCUAGCAACUCAUAUCUUAACUGGUGAAAAAGUAGCCAUUAAAAUUUUAGAAAAAGAUCGUAUUAUUGAUGUUUCUGACGUUGAAAGAGUAUCAAGAGAAAUUCAUAUUCUUAAGCUUCUUCGUCACUCUAACAUCAUCUAGCUUUACGAGAUCAUAGAAACACCUAAGUAACUCUUUUUAAUCAUGGAAUAUGCUUCAGGUGGAGAAUUGUUUGAUUAUAUAGUAGCAAAUUAGAGAGUAAAAGAAAGAGAAGCUGCAAGAUUCUUUUAACAGAUUAUUUCAGGAAUUGAAUAUAUUCACAAAUUAAAUAUAGUUCAUAGAGAUAUGAAACCAGAGAAUUUGCUUUUAAACCAUGACAAAUCAAUUAAAAUUGUUGAUUUUGGUUUAUCAAAUACAUACAAAAAAAACGAAUUGUUAAAAACUGCCUGUGGUUCUCCAUGUUAUGCAGCUCCUGAGAUGAUUACAGGAAAAAGAUAUAAUGGUCUUGGAGUAGAUAUUUGGAGUUGUGGUGUUAUUCUAUUUGCCUUAAUUUGUGGUUAUCUACCUUUUGAAGAUCCUGUUACUGCUAAUUUGUAUAAGAAAAUUACUGCAGGAGAUUUUACAGUCCCAAAGAAUGUAUCUAAUGAAGCCCGCGAUUUACUUAAGAGUAUAUUAAAUACUGACCCAUAAAAACGUUUCACUAUUGAAGAAAUCAGAAAUCACCCUUGGUGCAAUCAAUAUAAACUAAAUAAGACUCCUGAAGGAAUCAUCGUUGGUUAUAAUAGAAUUCCUGUUGAUAUGGACAUUUUGAAAUAAUUAGAAAGUUUUAGUUUCAAUUUAGAUUAUGCUUAAAAAUGCAUAGAUGCUAAUAAGCAUAAUCAUGUUACGACAUGUUACUAUUUACUCCUCAAAAAGCAUAUUAAAAAUGGAGGAAAAUCUGUAGCUGAUAUCUGCUCAGAUGAUUUCGACUCUUCCCUAUUACUUCCUAAUAAGAGACCAGCUAAAACUCCUCACAAAGAAUAAUAUGGAAGUGAUUUAAUCAGUACACAUGAAGAAAAAGAAAACCAAAAUGACACUCGCUGUAAGAAUAGCGUCCUUAACUCUAGAAAAGAAUCAAGAGAUCACUCCUAUAGCUAUACCAACGCAAAUAACUUGAACAGUAAGUUGUGCUCCUCUUAAAAUUCUGCCUCAAAGGAUGUAGAUAAUAUCUUAAACAACAAUACAGCCUAGCUAAACUAAGCCAACUAAUACAAAAAGGAAAACACGAAUAAUACUUCAAUGACUAUCGACUAAAAGUCAACUGCAAAUAGUAAAUAUCCAAGCUAUAAAUCAAGUAAGAGAAACUCUAUUCAAACCAAUAAAUUAUCAUACAACUCUGAGAACUAGUAUCCUAACACAACAAAGCCUGUUGCUAAUAACAAUUAUGUAUUCGAUGGAAACUAAAUAGCAAAUCCAAAUGUUCACCCAUAUCCUUAAAUGAAUAUCCACUCUUAAACUAAUCAACAAUCAAUUCAAUAAUAAAUUAUAUACUAGCAAUAAUAGCUUUAAUAAAACAAUUAUUUCUAAGCUAACUCAGCAUUAACUUCAGGCACUUAGUCACCUUACAAGCAUUCUUCAUAGCAAUACGCCCCUUAUGCUUAAAACAAUCACUAUAAUUACUCUAACACAGGAGCCAGAAAUACUCCCUCAUAAAAUAACACAAUUCAAAUAUCUUACUUAAAUGAAACACUAAAAUCAGUUGAUAACAGUAUUCUUAAUAAAAUUCCUCAAUAUGCAGACUCUUCUUUUAAUAAUUCUCCAAGAGCCAAUGGUAAAGAUCCUAUGGAAAAGCUUCGCAAUAAAAUAAAAGAAACAAACUAGAAAAGAUCAAUUAAAAAUGGAUCAAAUAAUGGAAUAAAUAGUAGUGGUAAUUAGAAUGACUGCUCAUUUAUUAAUAACAGCAACGAAUCAUCCCGUCAAUAGUUUAAUAUUCCUGGAACUCUUGGACAGAGAAUGAGAUUUGCAAACAUAAAGAAGAACCCUAAUAAUAUGAAUGCAAAUUUUACAAAUAAUUAAAACAUGUAAAGUGGACAUCCUCAAUCCACUCUACCCUCUCGUGGCUACAGCUAGGGAAGAGAAUCUAAGUCUCAUGCCUCUUAAAGGUAAAAGUAGUAGUAAACUGGCAAUAAAGUGAGAGGUGUUACUCAAGAACGUAAAGGAGUUUCUCCAAUCGAAAGAGAAAGAGGAAAAUCUACAGAGCCUUUUGAUGAUUGCAAUACUUCUGGUUAUCGUAUAUUAGGAAUUGAUAACUGCAAUACUUCCCUUAAUACUUCAGGAUUCCAUAAUAACAUAACAAUAAAUAACCCAACUCUUGGAUUAAAUUCAUCUUUAAAAAAUAAUACAACUAAUUCGAACAAUUAUUCAUUCGAUUUAGGAAAUUAUGCUCAGCUACAGCUUAGUUAACAAUAAUAAAUAUAAAUUACAUAACAGCUAAAUAGCAGCUUUUAGCAUAAUGGAUAUUCAAACUCAAAUAUAAACUGUAAUAUUGUUCCAUCAAGUAUUCAAAGCUCAAACACCACGAAAUCGAGUUCAUAAAGUCAUAGAAGAGGAAAAAGUAGUCCUUUGCAAAAUAUCCUGAACAAACUAGAAAAGAAUAAAAAUAUUUAAUAAGGAAAUAAUAACAACAACUACAACUUAAAUAACUCUUUCAAUUUAAAUAAUACUUAUAAUGGACCUGCGGCAUAUAUUUCUUCUAACUAUACAACAAAGAAUUAAAAUUAAUAAUAUAAUCGUAAAUAAAUCUAUUGA